CCUGGAGUGGGGUCUGAAUAAGCAAGGGGAAUGACGGUUUCUACCUAUUCUGUGGAAUUGUUUGUAAUGUGAUGGGCAAUGGAAUGCGAGGGAAUACUUCGUUUUAUCAGUUGGUGGUUGCUGCUUCAGAAGUGACACAUCGCUUGUCAGCUACACAGAGUGCAUCGGACUUGGAACGCUUCAAUUACACUCAUUGCACAAUUAUGGGUCACUCAAGCAAAUUCACCACAUUCACUACACCGGCGCCCGUAAUUCCUAGUUGAAACACCAAGAUGUCGUGGUGGGUUACACGGACAACAUCCACCUCAUCCAGCACAUCUAGUAACUCGCAUCUUGUACUUAACCCAGGCUGUCUGAAAACGACAGCCGGACUGUUGAAAUUGGCGCAACUGGUAUUCGGUAUCAUUUGCAUGGCCUGUGCGUCACCUGCCCUGGUCGGAGGUACCCAUUGGUUCCUGUUUGUCGUGGUCACAUCAUUUAUUGUCACUCUACUGUGGAGCUUUGUGUACCUGUUCGGUAUCCGGGAGGUACUGAAUCUGCCCAUCAACUGGAUUCCGAUAGAGUUAAUAACUACGGGCUUUGCAACGUUGCUGUACCUCAUUGCAUUCAUUGUGCAGCUGGCGACGUGGUCCAAUCUAUACGAAUACUUUAGGGUCGCGAACAUCGUGGCGGGGAAUCCAUCUCCAUUCUUCCAGUUUGGUCUCGUCCAAGAUCUCGCUUAUCUGAAACACAACAAACUGCGUGUAAUUUCGUUGAUUUGAUUGAAUCCAUGACAGAACGGUACUUGACUCGCUCCAAAUAACCCGUAAUCCGGCACUGCUGGAUGGACGUCAUCAGUAGUGUACCGAUGAUCGCCGCCUGGAGCUCCAAACGUGGUAUUGGCAACGGCUUCGGAAUCCCCUUUCCUGAUGUUCAAUCCGGAAGUUAACGACACAAGAGUAGGCUGUUUCGCUGGCAUGGCACACAUGAAGCUGUAGACUUUUAAAACUAUCGAUGCUGAACUAAAACUAUCGGUGGUCCACCAAACGUAUUGCACUAAGCACUUUCCGUUGAUCACGAGCACUACGACAAGUCCCUCGUGCCACUGAUCAACGAUUGGAUGUCGCUCCGAAAAAUCUCAGCGAAAGUAAAAUUGUACUUCUUCGAACACUUUCGAUCGAAAAACUCCUCGACCGUUUCGUGUAGAUCUUCGUCAGCUGAUUGGGCGCAAAUGUGUAGAAGCCGGGGGUGUCUCGCCAAAUCCUUCCACAUUCCCGUAGAUCGUCUAUCCUAGUUUUGGUGGAAGCUGGCUCGAACUUCUUCCCUUCGCUUGAGCAUUACCAGCUAAUUGGCCAAUAAGAAUACGCGGCACCAUGCUAUCAUAGCUUGCCACCGGAAGACCCCGCAGAUACUCGUACUAAUCCGCUAGCUCUAGGUGUCGCAACGACUGCGGAAAUAGAUCGAGUUUCUCCACUGUUCGCACAUCUUCCAAGAUGUGCUGCUGGUUUCAAGUUCAUCCACGAGAUCCUGCUCUAUCAACGUGUAACGUUCCGUCCUGUUCCGAACGCUAGCGACUUAAGCACCACCUCCUCUAAAGAAGGAUCGUUAGCUCUGCUCAGUUUUACCCGGAUGAGAAUGCCAACUCAGGGCAGGUUUACGUUCCACCAGGACCGAAGUCGCACUUCAACACAUCUGCUAAAAACCCAGUGUCCGAACCCCCAAUUUGCUUGUCGACGUAACAAACUUUAAAAAUAUCAUCACAACCGUUGCACACUCCACAGCCACCGCCGGAGAAAGCGCGAUCGGGCGACAGCGUAGUCUAUUCGCGCCCCGAAUCAGAUCGUUUCCUGCAGUUGACCAGCCAAAGCUGCUUUGGAAUGGAAGUGCUAUCAACACCCAGCAGUAGAACUGCUCAAAUUGCUCUGUGAUUGCAGCAUCUGGGAGAAGAGCGCGCAUUCGAGUUUCGCAAGAUUGAAUUGGAGAGACAAGCAUUGGCUUUAGACCGUGAGGCCCUACACGCGAAGUAUAUGCUGCUACAGAAACAGGCUUCGAUCAAAGCUGUUCGUCGUAAUAAAGUCGGUACAAACGACAACAAACCAUCAACCGAUGGUAAUACGCAUCAUGCUCCUGGACGAGCAGCCGAUCUACCGAAGGAAAUAACGAUAUCGGCAAUACAAUCGGAGAAGCAAUCGAACCAACCGAUAUGACCGUUGUUUACCGAAUUAGAUGCUCGAUCGCAAAUUUUCCGUUACAAUGGUGUGGACGAAAACGGUUUUCCUGGGAAGCUGACUAGACUGAUUAAAGCAACGAUGGACGGUAUGCAAAACUGCGUAAGGAUUUUGGGUGAACUAUCCAGUUCACUCGAAUUUCGCCGGGGACUGCGACAAGGUUAUGGACUCUCAUGUCUACUCUUCAACAUCGCUCGGGAAGGUGUGAUGCGACGAGCCGGGUUCAACAGCCGGGGAACGAUUAUAACAAAAUCCGGACAAUUUGUGUGCUUUGCGGACGACAUGGACAUUAUUGCAAGAACAUACAUUUGGAAAGCAGAGCUGUACACCCGCCUGAAACGCGAUGCAGCAAAGGUCGGACUGGUGCCUCAAAAACAAAGUACAUGCUGGUAGGCGAAACCGAACCGGCGUGCUAAGGACGAUCUUCGGCGGUGUGCAGGAGAACGGUGUGUGGCGGAGAAGGAUGAUCCACGAGCUCGCUGCACUUUACGGCGAACCUAGCAUCUAGAAAGUGACCAAAGCCGGAAGGAUACGGUGGGCAGGGCAUGUGGCAAGAAUAUCGGACAACAACCCUGCAAAGCUGGUGUUUGCAACUGAUGUGGUUGGUACAAGAAGGCGUGGAACGCAGAGAGCACGUUGGGCGCGACCGAGGAUGGAGAGCGGCAGCAACAAACCGAGUAUUGUGGCGUACUAUUGUUGAUUAUGUCUUGUCUUAAUGAUAAAGAACAAAUAAAUGUAUGUUUGUAUGUAUGUAUGUAUGCAUGUAUGCAUGUAUGUAUGAUCGAUCGCAAUUGCCCACUGGGAUUCAGCAGCAGAACAUCGGCGCGUUUCCCGUGGCUAUUCUGAAAGAGCAGAGUGAGAUCAUGGAAUGCAAUGAGAAGACGGAAGGAGAGAAAUUUGUACUCUUGCCUUGCCAUGCUGGCGAGAGUAGCGCAACGUUUCGAGAACUACGGGAUGAGAAUACUGAGUUGUACCAUAUACAGACGAAUAGCUCGUCUUAUCUGUAUGGUUCCACCGAUCAGGGACUACCGACCAUCGCAUCCCGACGAAAGAUGCAGCUCAACUUCGUAAAUGAGAGAAACACCAUGGGCAAUAAGAAGUUAAGAAAAACCGAAUGUCGAUCAGUGGUCGAUACCCAGGUAGCAGAGAGAGAGCGAAACAAGUACCGUGCGGCAGAAGACUGUAUAACAUUGAUCGACGUUCUGAUGGAUCCAGAUACUGGUCAGAGAAUGAAUGGACUGCUCGAGGCUCCAACGGAUUUGAGCUCAAACGAUGAGGAUGGAUGUAUAUUGAGAGCUCCACAGGCUAACUCCUCUUUGAACGGUCAUCGACAUGGGAUUGAGACAGAACCACAAUUACCAUCGAUUCCAACUUAUCAAUUAGUGCUCACGGAGAUGGUAGGGUCGUCAUUCUUCCGCAGAUACGACCACGAAACGUCGACGUUACGAAGGUGUACGUAUCGUUCCAGUUCAUGGCAUCGUCGUGGUGAGAACCGCAAACGCCGAUAAUUGUGUUGGAAGGCAUGCAGCAAGACUCGGGUAUAUUCGCAACUUCGGUACCGUGAACGAAGUUGCGUCAGCAGUGAGGAGGAGAUAAGAGAUGGGAAGCAUGUGAACAGAAAGAAACGAGUUUGGAUGAGAUAAGAUCAUCACAAUGUCUUUACCACAGAGAACAGACAUCCAGGCUAGAUCAAAUUUCAUUCAGAAAGUUGUGUAAAGAUUUGAAUCUUCACUUGAGUAAGGUUGCAAAGAAAUACACGAUGAAAACACUAACGCCGCCAAACACUAUAUUGCCACAGUCAGUGGUGAAUUGAAACAUUUCGAGUAGUGAAUUGAAUUAGCAUGGGAAAUUAACCGAUUGCAGCGCCACGGUGUUGCCACUUGCGUUUCCGAUGAAAUAUUCCUUACACAAAAUUCAGAUUGAACUUGGAUGUCUGUUCUCUGUGGUGAAGCUUUGGCGGAGAAAAUCGCCUUAAUCGUUAGUCCCGUAUAAUGCCAAGUGAUUCUAUUGAAGUUUGCAAAGAUGGCAGGAAACGGAUUGUUCCGGUGAGUUACGCAAUAUUCACAUAGACAAAUUAGUGAAACGAUUGCUAGGUGAUCGAAAACACCCUUGUCAUACGGGCGUAUCUACAAUGAUCGAUUUCUCUUCGGAUUAUUCCGGGAAAAGCGUACAGUUUUAGAAUUAUUUCUUGGUGUAGUCUAACUGAUCGUCUGGGCAAAAUUUGAAAAACAUCGUAGGGCCCAUUUUUCAGUAUAGUGUAUAACUUCAAAAAAGAUCUUCGGCUCCGUAAAGCGUUAUACGUGAUUGGGCCCCAAAUCAAUGAACUAGAUAAAAAAAAAUUCUUCCUUCUUUUAUUCUUACGCACAUAAUGUGCUUUCCCUUCAUUUACUUUUUUGUUUAUUUACAUUCACGAUUUUCUUAACGUAUUUGAGCUUGAGAACACAGAAAACACUGUUGUGUAAUAUUACAUCUGAACUGCUGCAACCCGAUCAAUACGUUGGUUGCAUGAAUAUUACAUUGGACGAUGUACACAUAAGAACAAAAGAGUUUAUAUCAAAACGAUGUAAUCGUACAUAGGAAUCGUGAUUACAUUGAUUAUUUAGUACAUCGGAAUGAAUUACAUUGGACGGGUUGCAUUUAUUUUUUGCUGUGAAGAUACACACAUUAUUGAAAUAUUUUUAUAUAAAUUCACAUUUGUUUAUAAAAUGUUCAUAUUUUCUUCAAAAAGUUCGACAAAACUAUGCUAAUUAUACACAGAUAAAAAUAAUGAUAAUUACACGUCAUGUAAACUUCAUUUUAGUCAUGUAAACUUCCAAGUACGAUGGUUUACAUGACAUAUCAUGUAAAUUUGUGUUAUAUAUCAUGUAAAAACUCUGAGUCAUGCUGAAUUACAUGACAUAUAAUGGAAGUUUACAUGGUUUUUCUUGAGAUUUACAUGAUAUGUCAUGUAAACUUCUGUGAAAUCUCACGCUCCAAUUAUGUGCAUUAUAUGUCACAGAAAUUCACACUAUCUUUUCGAUCUGUGUAUCUAAUUCUCAAUGCAAUACAAUUCUUCUUGAAAAUAUUUCAUCAAAAUCGUUUAAAAAAGGGCUGAGUACAUAAAUAUUUUGAUAUUUUCUUUGAAUAUAUGGCUUUACGCCCUUCAAAAGGGCCUAACUAAAAAUGGGCCCUACGAUUUUUCUUUCAAAUUUAGCCUAGACAUGCAAGAUAGUCAUAGAAAACGAAUGGUAGGCACUGAUUGGAUGGAGAUUUUUAUUUUAUAAUAACGGUCUGGGGAGCACCGUGUCAACUAUUCCCA